AUGGCUGGGUCAGGAGGGAGUGAUCUCAGAGCUCCAAUAUUCAAUGGGGACAACUAUGAAUUUUGGAAGAUUCGAAUGAGAACGAUUUUCAAAUCUCAUGGAAUCUGGGAUUUAGUUGAAAAUGGGCUUAAAAUUCCAGAUUCAAAGGGGAAGAAUGUGGAUGAUGCUGGGUCAUCGGAUUCUGAGAAGGAAGCUCUGUUAAUGAAGGAUGCUAAGGCACUUGGGAUUAUCCAAGGGGCUGUCUCAGAAGACAUUUUUCCAAGGAUUUCGAAUGAAGAAACCUCAAAGGGUGCAUGGGAUAUUUUACAUCAGGAAUUUCAUGGUGAUAAGCAGGUCAGAUCUAUCAAAUUGCAGGGUUUGCGUCGUGAUUUUGAGUAUACAAGGAUGAGGGAUGAUGAGACCUUGUCUGGAUACCUCACUCGCCUACUUGAGCUUGUGAAUCAGAUGAAGGGAUAUGGGGAAGACCUAUCCAAAGGAAGGUUAGUUCAAAAACUGCUUAUAAGUCUGACUAAGGAGUUUGAUCCUGUCUGUUAUGUAAUUGAACAAACUAAGGAUAUUGAAAUGAUUGAGGUGCAAGAGGUGAUUGCUGCAUUGAGGGGUUUUGCUCAGCGCCUUGAUAGGCAUGCUGAGAACACCACUGAGAAGGCCUUCAGCAGCAUGAGCAUAAAUCAAAAGGGAUCUCAAUCCAACUCUGGUUUUGGUAAUAAUAAAUCAAAAAAGAGCUGGAAAUCGAAGGGUAAGAAAUGGGAUUCAAAACCUCAAAAUAGUGGCAACCAAGGAGGAAAGCAUGAACCAGGGGAAAAAUCAGAUCAAGCAAAAGGGAAAUGCAAGCACUGUGAUAAGCUUCACUAUGGAGAAUGCUAG